AUGAAUAGCUACAUAUCGUCAGUACCAUCAAAACCCACGCUCUCUGCUCCAGUGGUGCAGAGCAGGCUCGAACACCACCAUUCACAACAACUAAAGCCAUCGAAACCGGAAGCAAGGCAACAGCAACAACAUCAAAGGUCGAAGUCCAUAAAAGGGAAGCGUGUCAAUUCUCAUAACCGACCAAAGGAAAAUUUCUUACCUGAAGUCCCCGCCCCAUCUCGAUCUAAAAAUAAUCCAAGUUAUGAAAAUCUCGACUCGUUAAAUAGGUUGAAUAAUGCCGACCCUUUGCAUGCGGCAAAUAAUAAUUUGGAUGAAUCUUCCGGUGCCGUCAGUAGUAAUGAGUCUCACUUGUCGGGUUUUGCAUUCGAUAAUAACAAACCGGUUUCACGAAAGUCCAACGAAAGACGAUCUAGAAGACAUCAAUACAGUGACUCCGUCGAUGAAGAUCAAUUCAGGAAUGUUCCCACCGUUUCAAUCUUGAGGAGACCACAGUCGGCUACAGAUUUCGUGAAGACCUCCAAUAGCGCCUCCUCUGCAAACGUGAACACCAAAAUCUUCCUUGAUACCACUCGUGAGGAACUCGAAUUCCCUUUCGCCACGGUUGACGAACAUUCCAAAGAACGCCGACGUUCCGAUGUCACUUCAUCCAAGGUCAAGCGUAUCCAACGACGCAAGGAUGUUAAGUCGGUGACCGAAGCUUUGCAAGUCGUCGAAUCUGAAGCUUUGCCAAGUUUCAGUCCUCCCAGGUCUCACACCCAGAAAGAUUCUAACGAGGAAUCUGAUGUAAAUAGUAUUCUAAACCCCCGUCUGAAGUCUGCUUCUAAUUCUCCAAAGACCGAAUCUGAUUGCUUGUCGGAACAUUCACAAGCGAACAACGCCCUGGUUUUCCCCCCUCUAAAUUAUUCUAAUGCAAUUAUUGCCCUUGAAGAGGAGAUGAGUAGUAAACAGGAUGACCUCGAACCGUCCCACAUUAAGAGACCUCUGGCAAAAGGCUACAAGAGGCGCUCGGAUGUUUACCCUCCGGCCACUGCCUCUGUCAUUCCGGAAAAUUUCGUUCGUCGUGCGUCUAGCGCCUCCGUCGAACUGCAAAGCCAUUUGGCUCCCUUUGCAAACCAUGAUGCUAUGAAUGAACUCCAGUCAUCCGAGCAUUUGUUUUCCACUACUCCACCGUCAUCUCGUAGAUUGUCUAGUUCACCCAACAGACUCAUGUCAUCUAAACUCUAUGCCGGGCCGACCUUUCAUAAUUCCCCUGCUCCCAGUGAUUUACCCUUACCCUCUUUCAUAGGCAAAUCUUCCAGCAAGGAAUCUAGCCCCGCGAUGUCGAACGCUUCUUUGAGUGUUGCCGUACCUUCAAGAGCUUCCUCUCCAUCUUUAUCCUCGGGCAACUCUUCCGAUGAUGACAUGUUUGUUAUGGAUGAAUUCGAGUCGAGCGAUGGUAAACAUUCUCGAGAACCCACCGUCCUAAGAAAACAGAGAUCUCGCGAGCUUCUUCGCAUGUUGUCCCCUAAUUCCAGUCAACAAAAUUCUGCUGCAGCCUACAUGGUUCCUGAACGUAUGGCGACUUCCCACAAUCCCAUGCAAGUCUAUCCUGCGAUCAACGGAUUGUCGUUGACUGAAAUCUCUGAAAACUUGAGGAUUUUGCUGAAGAUUCACGGGCAAUAA